GUGCUGAAGCUGCAGCACGUGAGGAAGGGGGGAGUCACCAGCACCACAGACCCGGUGUGGGGACCCGGUUCAGCGUCUGUCCGGCGGGUCGAACCGAUUCUCCCACCGUCAGAGUCCAGCUCCCGGAAAUAAGGCAGUUUUUUUUUAAACACAUGCUUUCCGGUUUCUGGGAGGAAAAUAGCUGAGUAUAUAAAUAUAUUAUUCUAAAGAUGUUUGCAUGAUUUCAGAAGAAGAGGAUCAUCUCUGACGGCUGAUUCCAACAUCCAUGGUUGAGCCUCCUCCAGCAGCAUGAUUGGAGCAUCCGGUCUCUCGGGGGACACCUUGGUAGCGUGCCACUUCCCCGUGGUGCAGCUUCCCACCUGGCAGCUUCCUGUCCAGGCCCUGUGUGGCAAGAGACCCAGCCGGGGUCUGUGCUCGGUGGGCCUGACCCGGGCUGCGUCUCUCCCGGAGCAGGACACGUCGACCAGAGAGCACGCCCUGACAGGACAAAGGCAUUUCUCCAGCAGCUACGGUAGUCUCAUCGAGGAUCGGGCAGAGGAGGAAGGAACCAGCGACAGCAGCGGGAGGUACGACUCCCCCUCGUCCCCUGAAGAGACGAGCUCUCGCCCGAGGCAGGAGGCCACUGCCCGCUCCCGCAACUCCUUCCUUCCAAACACAGAGCAUGAUGAGGACGAGGAUAGCGACGGAGAUAAUCUCCACAGAUAUCAUGAGGAUUCAUCAUUUGUUUUGCAGGGAAGUUCUAACUGGUCACUAAGUAAUGGUGACGUGAAUUUCACCUUUCCCGAUGGAGACCUUGAUAGCGAGUGGGGCAAUGAAGGGAUAAUGCUGGGCCUGGGUCGGAGUCGAUCCAACCAGACGGACUCACUGCUUCCAGAAUGCCAGCUUCACGGGAGCAGGUCUUGCGUGGGUUUGGAGCAGGACCCGAACAGAUUUCAGGAGAACGCGUCCUGCUGCAUCUACAGCCGGGACAAGUGCUCGUCCAACACAGAGAACGGCAGCGACUCGUCCUGCAACAGCUCCGAUGGCGUUUUGGUGAACUUCUGUGCCAUCUAUAACAAGAGCAAUAAUCCUGCCACCCCUCAUGACCUCAGCAGUCCAGCAUUUCCCCCCUCUGAGGGCUCUGUGUUCCUCGAUCUUCAACCCGUUCCUCCAAGUCCAACUCAGCGUGCCCAUAACACGACCGUGUACUCUCCCCUAAAGGAAGACACGGGUCUCUCUGGGUCCCACCGGUCUCCUCAGGGUCUCGACUCAAACUGCAACCUUUACUCCCUGGAGCGGCUACCCCCAGGCCUCUCCUCUCUGGAGGUUUCAGAUCUGGCUGCCUGUCUUCAAAGCCAGGCCUCGCUGGCCAUGGGAACCAACCAGAAGUACUACAAGCUCGUGACCUGUGACCUCUCCUCCCAGUCACCGAGCCCGGUCUGCUCCAGCCUCGCCGGCUGCCCCGAGGGCCCGGGCAGAACCAGCCUAACCCCUCUGCCUCCUGACACUAAAAAGAAAGAACGGCACGCUGAAACUGAGAAGGCAUGUGAUGACCAGGUUGCCACCACCUUCACUGAUGGAGCCUUCUGCAGGAAGCAUCAUACAGACAGCAUCCAGAACUUCUCCCACUCGCUCUGUUCCCUGUGGCCCGGCCAGUGUAGCCCACAUAGCAGCACGUACCGAUCUGCAGGAGCUGAAUCCAUUCGCCCAUCUGUGAUACGGAACCAAGAUCACAAUGACGCAGACGCUACUGAAACAAGCAAAGUGGUGCGCUACAGCAAGCUCCAGAGGCCAACCUCACUGCCCAUCCAGCCGUUUGUUCUGCUCCCCACAGAAAAACCCCAGUCCCAGGCCCAGCACCUGGGGGGUCUACUGGAGCAUUACAUCAAUCAGAAGAGCAGCAAACCUGGCAGCUCCCAGAAUGGUCUCAAGUCCAAGGAGAAAAUAAGUCAGUGUUUAUCUAAUCUUCAGUCCUCACCUGUCAGAAGCGACUGCUCCGUCUUCCUGGAGGCUCCAUCCAGCUCAGAUACCUGCUCCACCUGCACACCGAGCCCACAGUGCCUCGACCGCAGACACACGUGGAGCCAGCUGGGUAAAAACCAAGGCUUGGAUCCACAGAACUCCAGGCUAAAGCCCGUGGUUCAGAUACAAGAUAACACAAACUGUGGCAAAACUAACAACUUUUCAAACUCGGCGUCAAAUCAAUCCAAGCUUGUUAAGAUUCCCACUUACUACAACCUGAUGAACCUCCCCUCAGAGACCAGAAGCACCAACGAGCCACCGACAGACACUGCCUACCAUUCAGCACCCUCCCAAAUGUCACCCACGUUACGCCUAACAUCUGAAAACAACUCAAAUCAGCCUCAUACAACCUCACAACCUCAGCUGAACUUUCAACAGCAUCCAACCGCCCCUGCAGCCGAUUCUGGCUUUUUCCACAGCAGAGUUAAAUCCACCCUCAGUGCGGUGGCUCCCGUCUCAUCUUUAACCUCUUUUCUCGCAUCGGCUACUUCGGGCCUGCAACGCAAACGAAUCCAGGACACUGCCGGGCUCGAUUCUAGGCCACAGCAGAGUCAACCCGGCCAGAGUCUUAUCACAAGCGACAGGCCACCCACGGAGUUCUGCUUGUCGCCUGACACAUCGUAUGAGUCGAUGUCUAUCAGCCAUCUGCAGAGGAAAGGUCUGCUGAGGUCUGUGAGCAGCGCUGUGGAUUUGAUCAUGGCUCAUUUCGGACGCAGCAGAGACCCAGAGGAAAAGAUGCGUCUGGGUAACAGCUCCUGCAGUCCCACGGUUGCUGGUCUGGUCCUGGAACACCUGUGUCCUGCAAUCCAGAACAUUUUAGAAGACGGUCUGAGGGAUCACAAGCUGGAUUAUGUUAUUGGGCAGUGCCGCAAUCAUUCCUGGAAAGUGGUGGAGGUUUCUACAAGAAUAGGUCCAUCCACCAGGGUCCUUCAUAGUCUGGUCUCAAAAAUCAGACAGUGUCCUGAACUCAGCAGCCACAGUUUGAGACUGAGAGCCUUCAUCAUGGGCCUUCUGAACCUGAGGUCCUUGGAGUUCUGGCUCAGUCACCUUCAGAGUCAAAAAGAUGUGGUGACCACAUACUACCACUCCUGGGGGUUCCUGUUCGUGUCACAGGGUCGGUGUCGGCCCCUGUUUCUGGAGCUGCUUCUCCUGCUGCAGCCGCUUUCUGUGCUGCCCUUUGACCUUAACUUGGUCCUGGAGCCGCAGCUGUUACGUCACAGGAUGCUGUGUUCAGAGGAGUGGGACGCUUUUCCACCUCAGCCAUGCUCAGCCCUGCUGGUGAGCAGCUGGCCCACGCUACAAGCUGACAGAAAGGCAGGCAGCAACGGUCCAACCAGUAGUCAGAGUUCAAGCUGCUUUGAGGAACAAGGAGACAUCCGUGCAUGCAGAAGUCCAAUAUUAGCUCCUGUUCCAGAGGUUUUGCCAAAAGAACCCAGUUUAAUGAAAACUGGGGCAAAUUCAAUAAACUUCAGGCGGAAUCAUACGGAUACUUGGUUUCAAAUCAAUGUGGACGGCAGGGAAGAUAAGACAAAAAAGGACUGUGGGACCCUAACUUCAGUCACCUCUGUUCAGGCAAAAAGUUCCUGUCAGAGCAGUCUGCGCUGGGCCAAACUGUUCGGAGCAGCUGAUCCUUCCACCAGAGCAGGGACAAGUUCUGGAGCACAAACCAGGAGGCACAGACUACCUUCUCAGUGGCUCCAUUUGAACAGAUCACAGCUCGGACUGUUGGCCCAAUCCAUCCGGUCGUUAAAGCUUGGAGGAUCUCAGAAUCUCACGAGCUGCUAAAAACAAGGAACGAGAGACUCGGGACAAUUUAUUGGUUUAGUAAAAAAGUCAUGCAUGAAAACACAUAAAAAGAGCUUCACUACAGUACUGAACUGGUAGGAAGGCACAAAAAAAUACAAAUAUUAAUGACCACUGGCUCAAAUUCAUCAAGUUGUAUUUUGAACUUGAUUUCCAGUCAGAUUAUCACAAACUUUUAUUGUUUGAAGAAGUAUCUGUAGCAUGUCGACUAUGCACCAUGAACGUUUUACACCAGAAAACGAGCAUAUCAUCUACAAUUACAAUCUGAAAGUUAGAUGUUUGUCAGUCAACUAAAAUUCCUAACAGAUUAAGAGAAGUUUUGCAGAAAUGGAAAAAACAAUAAAUAUCUUACCUGCUACAGAUAGCUUUUUGAAUGACCCAGUUAAAAAAAAAACUAACUAAAGCUGCCCAAAGAGUUAUCUACAACAGGUAAUAUGUUUAUUGUUCAUAAUGCUUCCUAGGUGCCCAUUUCCAAAUAUUUCAUCUGUUGCUCUCAACUAACAAAAGUCUGAAAAGGUUAGUUUUUAAUCUCGUUUUUACCAGCAGGAAAACAUGUUUUAUAGUUCCUCUUUCAGCUCAGAAUUUGCCUAAUUUAUCACUGAUGCAUGAACAGUUCUGUCCCUGUAGUCAUUUUUCAUGAUAUUUGCUGUGAGACGUGAUUUUAAGAGUAAAGCAGAUCUUGAACACAUUUCCCAGCAACACUUUGAUGAACAAGAGCCAAAAAAACAAAACAAACAAACAACUAUGUGCUUAUGUUGCUCUUGUUUCAUGAAGACAUAUUUGUAAUGGAAUCAGAUAUUCUUUUGCUGUAGACUGUUCUUGUGCUGUGAGACAAUCCAUUCCUCAUGAUGUCUGUUUUUAAUUUUAAAGAACACUCCUAACGAUGCCAAAUAUGCUGUACCACACACACAUUUUACAUUUUGAUGAACUUUUUUGGAGAAUACUUACCAGCAUGGGUUCACUGUAUGUGCAUGAGUUGACAGACAUACGGCAGACGCUCCUGUUUGUACUUGACCUCUGAACCUUCCUACUGUUGUGCGGUUGCUGUGCGUCUCCUGGCGUCCUUUAGCUGCGCAGAUGCAGGCCCUCUGGUGGCCAUUUAAGGUGUGACAAGAGGCUUGUUGGAAAUGUUAAAGAAGGUGAACAAAAACUUGAAGAAAUGCGGAAUUUUUAAUAUUCUGCAGUGAAGUCUGCUGUGCUGUUCUCUCUCUUUAGUUGUUUCAUUGAAUGCCUGGUGACAAUCAGUAUCUGUCAAUAAAGACUUCCUGAAGGAG